AGCGAACAAACCUCAUGCUUGUAGUUCUGAGUUGCAUUCUGCCCCAUCAAGAGGAAGAAAACAAAAUGGAUCUCCCGCCCCGCUCCCCCACCCCCCAUCCAACCACAUUCUUGGCUAAGAAAAAGAAGACAAAAUCGCGUAAAAAAAAUGACCACUUGGGUGUUCGGCUUCUGGACCAAACAGUUGCAAGGAGGCAAGCCGUGAGAAGGCAAAGCCAGACGUGGGUCUUCCGGGGCAACAGUCCUCCUUUUCAAGCCACCUACGCAAACCCAUCCACGUGUAGAUAGAGAGCGUUCCGGCGUACUCAAGAUUAUGGACUUCUUAAGGCCAGGAAUGAGGGAGAGAAAUAGCGAUCGUAUACAUAUUCAAUUUCCUUACAAUUUCAUUCUAGCGAAGCAUAUCUAGAAGAUCAGUGGUGGGUUUCUACCAGUUCGCCCGGUUCAGGUGAACAGGUAGUGGCGGCGGCAGGAGGCUGUGCCCACCCGCCCGCCAGUCAUCACGGACAUUGCACAUGUGCAGAAGGUUCUGCGCAUGCGCAGAAGCACCGCAAGUGAGCGCUCACAGUUCCGAACCAGUAGCAAAGAUGUUCAUCCCCCAAUCUCUGUAUGAAGAGAUAUUUCCAUGGGAAUGAAGUUGUACAUGCUUCCUGCUUCUGCAUGAUGCAAACUGGAAAACAAUGAACCAUUCUGCCAGCUUUCUGGAUCCGUCGCUCCAGUGCUAUCAAAUGCAUAAUCAUGGAUGGGAAACGUUCCGUGCGAAGAUGUCCAGCUCAAGCAACGCCAGCUUUUCAAGAUAACCCUGCUGAGCAAGGUAGCAAUCCCAGGGCGACAAGAGGAUCGGGCAAGACACAGUCAAACAACUGGUACCUGCUUAAUUCUUCAGGAGGUUGUCCCAGGACAUCUACUACUUCAUCUAACCAGAUGUCCUCACUUUACGAUCAGGGAGAAGAAAAUGGGCCAGGAGGUUUUACCAGAGAAGUCAUUGCUGGUGAGAGUUGCUGUAGCCGCUUCUCAUCUGAUUCCACAGCUUCAUCUGAAAGGAGUAUGCUAAAAACCAUAUGCUGCAUUCCGAGCCUUAUUGUAUAUUCUAUUAUCUGCUUUCUUCGAAAACUUUUACAAUCCUGCUACUGUGCAAGAAACCAAAACCCUAUGGCAAACUGUGUGAGAUGCUUGACGUUCCUCAUCAUAGCUCUCUCAGUCAUUUAUGGUACCGUUUACUGCGUUUGUCAAUACCUGCGAUUAUCAGAUGGCCUAUCAUCGAAGGAACUUACAAAAGAGUAUGAAACUGAGCUGAAUGAACUCUGGAAAUCACAACAUCUGCUUGAAGAACAAUUCCAUGAAAUUCAGGGCCUUAAAAAAGAUAUGGAUGACAUGCAUUCUGAGAUCGGCAGCAUCAGGAAAGGCAUCCUACAGUCCACAAAGCAAAUCCUUGAGGAAAAUGACUUUCCAGGAGAGAAGAAAGAAAUGCUCGAUAUACUUAAUUUGGCUUUUAAGAAGAUUUUUGAAGACGAUAUACAGAGGGCUGACUGGGCUCAAAAGUCAAUAGGAGCCACGAUCGAUAAAGACAGGACAUCUAAGACUUACGAUUUUUUGCACCAGGAAUACUGUUGGUUUCCAUUUAUCUCCUCAGCCAACCCCCCUGAAACUAUUUUAGAGCCGGAUGUUAACCCUGGAAACUGCUGGGCAUUCUCAGGAUCUGAAGGCCAAGCAGUAAUUAAACUGCCUGAAAAAGUCCAACUCACAGCCAUUACAGUUCAGCACAUCUCUAAAGCAAUAGCUUUUUCAGAAGGAAUCACAAGCGCCUUAAAAGAUUUCUUGGUUUAUGGGCUAAAUGAUGAAACAAAAGAGGAGAUCCUGCUGGGAACAUUCAUGUAUAAUACUGAGAAAGAACUAAUUCAGACAUUCCAACUGAAGAAUGAACAAGAGAAGACAUUCCAGCAUGUAAAAAUCAAAGUGCAGAGCAACUGGGGAAAUCCAGAGUAUACCUGCAUUUAUCGAGUCAGGGUGCAUGGAAGGAUGGCCAAUAUAAACCUUUUAGGCAAGAAAGUGGAUGAAAUCUCCUAAAAUAAAUAAAGAAAAACAGGAAUAUGAACAUUUACACUGAGCAAGUAUAAAGAGCACCUAGAACUUGCUCUAGCUUUUCCCAGGGGAGAAUGGGAAAGAAAAUAUGAGGACAUACUAAUGAUGUUGAGUUAUUUGACUAACAGAUUUCAGUUUGAUUUCAGUUGAAAAUUCAGUUAGAUUAGGCAUGGAGUUGUUAAACUAAUCUUGAGUUGCAUGAAUACUUUUGAUUCUGUCCACUCUCUCAAAAAGAUGAGAUGACUGGAGGUGAUCUCCCAAUAAAUAUUUCAGUUCAGAUUAUAGCAUAGAGGCAAAUGUAUUGUGUAAGAAAAAGACAGAGCGAGAACAAGAAAAUCUCUUGUUGGAAUAUGACUUUGAAAUAUAUUUUGAGAAUUAUCAGCCGGAGCUAAAUUCUAGAAUGUUUCUCCUCUUUCUUUUUUCUUUUUUUAAUUUUAAAAACAAACUUUAUUCAAUAUAAAAAGAUAAAAAUUGUACAAAAUGUUCUUAACUCUAAAAAUACAAUUCUAAAUUACAUACAAACUAAAACUAACAGACAGGAUUAUCUAUCUAUAAUAUUUAAACAUGUGAAUAUAUAUGUAUAUUAACCUUAAUGACGGUGUAUAUUUGUUACCUUUAAUUUCUUACUAUAUUUGACUUUACUUUUUUUUCCAUUGAUUAAUCCAUUCAUACCAUAUGUCCCAUAUUUUGAAAUACUAUGAGUCUUCCUUAUCGUUUAAUCUUAAAUUAAUCUAUCCAUUUCUGUGCAUAUAAAUAUCUUUUGAAUUAUUUGCUGUUCUGUUGGCAACUGUUCUAAUUUCCAGGAUUGAGCUAGGGUUAAUCUAGCCGCCGUGAUUAUAUGUUUCUCCUCUUUCUGAUGGGCUUGAUGGAAGGAAGAAUACUUCUUUCGUGACAGAUGUUUAGCUGAUCAGUGGUGUCUCCCAAAUGAACAUAACUAGCAACACAGUCCUAUGUGUAUCAUUUGCAAGUAAAGUCCCAAUGAACUAAC